GAAGUGUGAUGUGAUUGUGGAAGUCUGUCAUCCACAGAUAGUCAAAGAGUACGGAUGUAGCUUCCUGUCCCACUCUCAUUUCAUGGUGGGCUCUCCCUCCGCCCUGUCUGAUUCUGACUUGAACCAGAAGCUGCGACGGGUCUCUCAGCAAUAUGGGAAAACGUUGUAUGUACCCAGUGGUGCAUUGUGGGGAGGGCAGGAUAUCCAGAGGCUAAAUGACAGUGGGACGUUGAAGGCGUUGUUCAUCAGGAUGUCCAAGCACCCGUCCUGCUUCCGGCUGACAGGAGACGUCCUCUCUACGUGGUCGGAAGGGGAGGGCAGGCGGGUUUUACUCCGAGGCUCGGUGGCGGAGCUGUGCCCUCUCGCCCCCAACAACGUCAACACCAUGGCAGCAGCUGCGGUGGCGGCGGGGACGCUCGGCUUUGAGGGUGUCCUGGGAGAGAUCGUGUCUGACACGGCGUUGAAAGACUAUCACGUGGUGGAAGUGGAGGUGAGCGGCCCUGAUGGUUUCUCAGUGAGAACAGUGAGGAAGAAUCCGGCCAAACUCGGGGCGGUUACUGGCAGCGCCACGUACAACUCCUUCUGGAGCAGUUUGCUCAUUUGCAAAGGUCACGGGGGUCGAGUUUACUUGUGCUGAUCUGUGAGACUAUGGAAGAUUACCUACAACACAGGAGGGGGAUCCUCUACCGAAUUCCUGAAAAAUGAAAUACUUCACGGCGGAUCUGCUGUCCGGCUGGUGGACCAUCACGGUGUUACUGAACAUUUGCAAAAGGUGUUUAGACAUGUUUCAAUAAACAUUUUUCAAAAAAAGAAAAAGAGGCACAUUUCAUUUUUACAAUACUAACAUGUGUAUUGUAUUUUCUUUCUACUUUAUUCAGUUUGUUCGGUGCAACAUUGAAAAGUCCGACUAACACAGGAGUGAUGAGUUCUGGUAAAACACUUUUUCUUUGAAAGUAAAAAAAAUAUAUCAGAUGCCUUUUCACCUUCAUCAUAUUCAAAACAUAAACCCAGAACUAAAUUCUGUUUUCACUUCAUCACAACUUCCUUUCUUUUCCUGAAACAGCAGGACAAGCGUCUCGACUUUUAUAAAGGAGGUGUAAAAGUCGGUCAUCAGCGGAAUAAGGCACGGAAACAAAAUGAUAAACACACAUGGAUCUUUAAAACUUCUGAUGCUACUCGUGCAUAGGUGUGCUCUGCAUUUUAUUUCCAUUCUUGGAUGUUUUGUGGUAAACAAGGCAUUUGACCAAAAAAAAAAAAAAAAAAAGCUACUAAACGGAGAGCUCUUUGAUCGGAAGUGCUGCGUAAGAGAAAUAAAGAUUUUCUUGAAAGUACAAAGUUGACAAAGCUGGAAAAACCACAACAGCAAUAUUUUCCCUGCACUGAAUCAAGUAUAAAACACCUGCAGACACUCCUUCCACUCAUGUUAUCAGAGCUUUAGAUCAAUGGUUCCAGUGUUAGUACACAAUCCAGCAUUUUGUUUUUCACCACUAUCAUUUAGAAAAACUAGUUUAGUCUUUAAGCGUACCACUGUUGGUAUCACUAUUACAAUACUAAAGCAUAGCAGAGGAGUUAAAACGGUCUGGAUGGGAAGACACAGUGAUGCAAUAAAAACAAACCAAUACUAGAACUCAGCACAAACACACAAACACACACAGCUGCACAGUUUGUGGUGAAUUUCACUAGUGAGUUGUAGUAUCCUGGUGUCAUCUCAGCAGCAGUUAAGUUCUGUUAACGCUCACUAGCAGGUUUAGAUGGGUUAAUUCAACAACCAUCACCACCUCGGUGAGGUCAUGUUUCUUAUGGUUGUAGCACCAACAUAAAAACAUCUGAAGUGCAGUUGCAUGAAGAAAUGUCAAACCUCUGAAGUGCAUCAGAACAGUUCAAAUCAACAAAUCUCAUGAUUAAUUGACAAAAAUCACCAAAACUACAACCUGAAAACAUUAUUGAUGGGAGUGCAGAAGCAGCCGGCCUGGGUUUAUUUAAGGUGGAAUAUUUUCUCGAUGCAGGAGUGUGAACGGAUCUGCAGGAACACGUGGGAAAAAGGGGCAGAACUCGUGGACCUCAGGUAGUGGAUAAGGCGGGUGGCAUCACACGUGCUCAUAUUUAGAACCCGAUUGUAUAUCUGCACCCCGUUUUAAAGGGUUCACUUUAGGCGUGUUUGUAGUGUUCUGAACUUAUGAAUGCAACUUUAUUGAUAUGACAGCUUGGAAGUAUAUUUUCAUGGUGCAUGAUCGAUUUUCAAGACUGCUGGUGGGAGUAUGAAGGCAAUUUCACCUUCUGGAGAAAAAAAAAAAA